UUUCUUUUUCUCUGGUUGAUUCAUUAUUCUAACACAUCUUAUAUAUGUUGAUGCUAACCAGUUCCCUAAUUCUAUUAUCUUUAAUUCUUUGAGGCUUUUCUAUUCAUGACAAUAAUUUUGUCAUUUCCAUUUUGGUUAUUAGACCAAGACGACGAUGAGAUUACUGUGACUAUGUUGUGUUUAUGAUAUGCCCUUUAAAUUUCAGUUUUGUGUUCUUUGAUCUCAUAAUCAUAUCGUUUAUGUAAUGCAUCUAUCUUUAAAAUGCAGGAAAAAUUUUGACACAAGAAAAACCUCUAAAAAAUCUCCAGUUUGUGUAACUUUUUUUCGUUUAGUUCUUCAAUGGGUAAAGAGAAUCAGAAGCGUAAAAGUGAUAUUUACACGAAGUUGACCAACGAGAGCGGUUUUCGUUCUCGUGCAGCAUGGAAGCUGAUACAGCUUGAUAACAAGUUUGGAUUGUUUCGCAACAAGUGCGCUGUUCUCGACCUUUGUGCUGCUCCCGGUGGUUGGACGCAGGUGGCAACGCAGCGGGUGCCGUGUGGAAGCCUUCUCAUGGGUGUGGAUUUGGUUUGGAUUAAACCAAUGCCACGCGCCAUUUUUAUCCAGCAGGACAUCACCAAACCCGAAUGCAAGUCGCAGAUCAAGCGGGUGAUGAGUAAGUAUAAUUGCUCUGCAUUUGAUUUGGUUCUGCACAAUGGUGCCCCCAAUAUGGGUGGUGCUUGGGCUAUGGAAGCCACUGUUCAGAAUGCUUUGGUAAUUGAUGCGGUUAAGUUGGCUACUCACUUACUUGCUCCUAAAGGCACAUUUGUAACCAAGGUUUUUCGUUCACAAGAUUACCACUCUGUCAAGUAUUGUCUUUCAAAGUUAUUUGAGAGAGUUGUGGUGCACAAACCAAACGCUAGUCGUUCUUCGUCUGCCGAGAUAUUUGUUCUGGCUUUCAAGUAUAAGGCUGCUGCCAAGAUUGAUCCUCGCAUACUUGAUGUCAGGCAUCUAUUUCAAGGAGCCAUAGAACCCCAAAAGAAGAAGGUGAGUCAUGAUCUAGGAGGUGUGGGAAGAAAACGACACCGUGACGGGUAUGAAGAUGGAGACACAACUUUAAGGAAGGUGUCAGCUGCUGCAGAAUUUAUUUGGUCGGAUGCUCCCCUUGAUAUCCUUGGUUCUGUUACUUCCAUAUGCUUUGAUGAUCCAACAUCCUUGCCGAUUAAGGAUCAUGCUUUAACAACAGAAGAGGUUCAAACUCUUUGUGAUGAUCUGGGUGUCUUGGGGAAACAAGACUUUAAGUACCUUUUGAAGUGGCAGAUACAUAUAAGAAAAACCUUAAUACAUUCACAGAAGGCCGAUGUUACUGCUGUUACAAAUGUCGAAAAUGAAGAAAAGGAGGAUGAAGAUGAUAAAAUAGUCAAUGAAAUGGAGGAGCUAACACAUGCGAUGGAGUGUAAGAAGGCACGAGUGAAAAAGCUUCUUGCGAAAAGGCAAGCUAAGGAGAAGGCACAAAAGGAAAUGGGUAUGCAGAUGGAAGGAGUGGAUGAUAGUUAUGUUGACCAUGAGCUGUUUUCCCUCUCUACCAUUAAGGGUAAAAAUGCUCUUGUAGUAGUUGAUUCCACUGAACUUGAUGAUGAUACAAAUAGUAAUCUGGGUGAUAGCGAAAAUGAAGAAAGCCAUGAUGGAAGUGAACAUGGUAAUUUAGAUUCUGAUGAAGAGAGGAAAAGAUACGAUGAACAAAUUGAAGCUCUUCUUGAACAAGCUUAUGAACAGUACAUCUCCAAGAAGAAUGACAAUUCAAAGCAGCAACAUAAGCCUCCAAAGCGAUUGUGCUAUAAAGAUGUCCAAAUUCUUGAGAGUUUUGAUGAUGAUGAUGAUGAAAUUAUCCAUCCUGAUUAUGAUUUCGACGGUGAUCAAGAAAUGAAUCCUCUUAUGGUAUCACUUGAUGUUGGCAAAGGUUCAACCCAAGAAGAGAUUACAAACAAAUGGUUUAGUCAAGAUAUCUUUUGUGAAGCUGCAAAUGAUGAAAGAGAUGCUGCUGGGAAGUUUGAUAGUGAAGAUGAAAUGAAGGAGAAAAUUUCUGUGCAAGUAAAUAAGGCACAAACGAAGACAGAGAAUAGUGAUGAUUUUGAGAUAGUACCUGCUCCAGGUUCAGUUUUUGAGUCGGAUGACGAGGAUGAUGAUGUUGAUGCAAAGGCUGAGACACUUUCUUCUGCUAAGAAUAUGUUAAAGAAAAAGCAAAGGAAUGAGAUACUUGAUGAUGCUUACAACAAAUAUAUGAUGUUUGGUGAUGAGGAGGGUGUGCCUAAGUGGUUCUUGGAUGAAGAAAAGAGGCAUUGUCAUCCGAUUAAGCCUGUAACCAAAGAAGAGGUGAAUGCCAUGAAAACUCGGUUUAAAGAAAUUGAUGCUCGACCAGUGAAGAAAGUGGUGGAGGCCAAAGCCAGGAAGAAAAGGGUUGCUAUGAAGAAGCUAGAGAAGGCGCGGAAGAUGGCCAAUGCCAUUUCAGAGCAGACAGAUAUUUCCAACAUAUCGAAGAAUAAGAUGAUUGAUAAGCUAUACAAGAAGGCAAUUCCUAAAAGGCCUAAAAAGGAAUAUGUGGUGGCAAAGAAAAGUGUCCAAGUAAAGGUUGGGAAGGGUAAAACCCUUGUUGAUAGGCGCAUGAAGAAGGAUUUAAGGGCAGCUACAUGCAGAAAGAGUAAGAUGGCAAAAGGCACCUCAAAAAUGGGCAAAAGAGCUUAAUUUUACCUUGCCCCUUUGGUCAUGUCUGCAUUUUUUUUCAUACCAUCAAUAUUUUUUUUAAAAAAGUACCAUCAAUUUUUUUUAGGUGAUAAAGCUUUCAUUCAGAUAGUUCUAUCAAGUUAAGGGGAUUACAUAAAAAAUGCACAAAGCAAGAUACGUGUUUAUAACAAUAAUUAUAAGUAUAUAUAUAUAUUUUUUUUUUUGAAAAAAAUAAGCCAAAAGAGUCAUCUUAUGAUCCCUAAUUCAAGCUUAGGUUUUUAAUUAAUUAAAAUUACUUUUACAUUUAGA